AUGGCCUGGACAACAGACACCCCCAGGCUCACUGGGCAGUACCCCUUCGCCAGCCUGCUCUUGACAUGCUCGGGCAACCUGAGCAUUGAGGGCAAUCCGCUCGAUGCAUGCCUCAGCUUUGGGACGGUCUGCGGCCACGACGCCGCCCGCGCUUUCUGCCGCUACUUGGGUUGGGACGGCGUUGCAGAUGACAGCUUUGUGGCGGUUCCGGCAGCUGGCCCCACGCGCGCACUGUCAGGCGAGUGGUGCGUGUCGCCGGGGCAGUACGUUGUUGCCUCCAACAUCACAGAGGCCGGGCAGAUCAAAAAGGUCGACGGCGUUCCCUGCAGCCGCCUGGACGGCGUCACAUGCUUCCGCAGGCGUGAGGUAUUUGCGAGCUGGCUGGCCGCCAACGUGCCCAGCUCUGUUGGUCAGUCUCUGCCGCUACCGCUUGAAGGAGUGCCACCCGCUCCCAAAGUUCCUGGCAGCCCUGUGCCAGCUACGAUCAUCAUUGCCAGGCCCAUCGCCCUGGGACGCAGGCUGCUGCAGGGCUAG